UUGGCUCCUUGCGGUUUCCUUGGGGACGUGGCGCCGCUGGCGGCCCAGGCCUCCUUCCGGCUCGGGUAGAGGCCGCCGAGAGCACCUCCGGACCUAGCAGGGCGGAGCUGAGGGAGCCGGCGAGCCGCUCGACCCGCUGCAGACUUCGGAGAUGACUGGCACGAGGAGACCACCUUCUCAAGGCAAAAGGAAAAGGAGGUGACAGGCCUUGAGACCACUGAAGGGAACCCAUGGCUAGGAUCAGUUUUUCCUACCUCUGCCCAGCCUCCUGGUACUUCACUGUGCCCACAGUGAGCCCAUUUCCCCGGCAGCGGGUGGCAUUCCUAGGACUCUUCUUCAUAUCCUGUCUCCUUUUACUUAUGUUAAUCAUGGACUUUCGACAUUGGGGUGCUUCAUUACCACGAGACAGGCAAUAUGAAAGGUAUUUGGCUCGAGUAGGAGAUCUUGAAGCUACUGACACUGAAGACCCAAAUCUAAAUUAUGGACUUGUUGUGGACUGUGGCAGCAGUGGCUCUCGGAUUUUUGUUUAUUUCUGGCCAAGACAUAAUGGGAAUCCUCAUGACUUGUUGGACAUCAAACAGAUGAGAGACCGUAACAGCCAACCAGUGGUGAAAAAAAUCAAGCCAGGAAUCUCUGCAAUGGCAGACACUCCAGAACAUGCCAGCGAUUACCUUCGCCCUCUGCUGAGCUUUGCUGCUACUCAUGUGCCUGUGAGGAAGCACAAGGAGACCCCCCUUUACAUCCUAUGCACAGCAGGCAUGAGGCUUCUCUCCGAGAGGAAGCAGUUGGCUAUCUUGGCUGAUCUAGUGAAAGAUUUACCUCUGGAGUUUGACUUCCUCUUUUCUCAGUCUCAGGCAGAAGUGAUCUCUGGGAAGCAGGAAGGGGUUUAUGCAUGGAUUGGAAUCAACUUUGUUUUGGGAAGAUUCGACCAUGAGGAUGAAUCAGAUGCCGAGGCUCCCCAGGAAUUGGCAACAGGACGCAGAAGGACAGUAGGGAUACUGGAUAUGGGAGGAGCCUCUCUCCAAAUUGCUUAUGAAGUUCCUACCUCAACUUCUGUCCUUUCUCCACAACAGGAAGAAGCUGCGAAGAUCUUGCUGGCCGAGUUCAACCUGGGCUGUGAUGUGCAACACACUGAACAUGUGUAUAGGGUUUACGUCACAACCUUUCUGGGAUUCGGGGGCAACUUUGCCCGGCAGCGCUAUGAAGACCUUGUGAUGAAUGAAACUCUUAACAAAAACAGGUUUCUGGGCCAGAAGAUAGGUCUGAGUCCCGACAAUCCAUUUCUAGAUCCCUGCCUGCCUGUGGGACUCACAGAUGUGGUGGAAAGGAACAGCCAGGUCCUUCAUGUCCGAGGAAGAGGGGACUGGGUGGCUUGUGGGGCCAUGCUGAGCCCCCUGUUGGCUCGCUCCAACACCAGCCAGGCCUCGCUGAAUGGCAUCUAUCAGUCACCCAUUGACUUCAACAACAGCGAGUUCUACGGUUUCUCUGAGUUCUUUUACUGUACAGAGGAUGUGUUACGCAUCGGUGGCCGCUACCACGGGCCAACAUUUGCCAAGGCUGCUCAGGAUUACUGUGGCAUGGCUUGGUCAGUACUCACUCAGAGAUUCAAGAAUGGCCUCUUUUCAUCACAUGCAGAUGAGCAUCGACUCAAAUAUCAGUGUUUUAAGUCAGCUUGGAUGUACCAAGUUCUUCAUGAAGGAUUCCACUUUCCCUAUGACUACCCAAAUCUGCAGACAGCCCAGCUGGUCUAUGACCGAGAGGUUCAGUGGACACUGGGAGCCAUUUUGUAUAAAACACGCUUCUUACCACUCAGGGAUCUACGGCAGGAAGGUGCCCGACAGGCCCAUGGUAGCUGGUUCCGUCUCUCCUUUGUGUACAACCACUAUCUUUUCUUCGCCUGUAUCCUGGUGGUGCUACUGGCCAUCAUCCUGUACCUUCUGCGGCUACGCCGAAUUCACCACCGACAAAGUCGAGCCUCAGCCCCAUUGGACUUACUGUGGAUCGAGGAGGUGGUGCCCAUGAUUGGGGUACAGAGCUGUCCACGAUGACAAUUUCAACCAGACCUGACUUAUUCCAAAAUGCUGUGUGGCAGUGGGGACUGAGCCCACACAAGGUAACUUGCCCAAGCCCCAGCAUUUCAUCUGGAUAUGAGGCCCCUGGGCCUCUCUCUGGGUGCACCACUAUCAUCUCACACUCAAAGUACCUCAGUCUGAUGACAUCCUCUGUCUCUAGCUCAACACUCAUUCCAAUAGUCCCAUUUCUGCUGGUGUGUUAUAAACAUGCCACAGAAGAAACUCUGGGAUCUCCUUUGAUCCUUCUUUACCUUUAUUCCUGCAGCGAGUCUUCUAUUCCCUACAACCUCUCCCACCAUUAAGCCCUGAACCCCAUCACUCUCACAGCAUUACUACAAUAGCACUACUGCUUCUCCCGGGUCUGCUUGCUGCUGAUCUUUCCCUGCUCCAAUUUAUUGUGCCCGGGCCACCAAGCUGAUCUUAUAGCAGGCCCUUAAUAAAUAUUAGCUUAAAUAAAAUGAGUAUUUAUGAUGCUGUUAGCUCCUUGGGGUCUUGGUUCAGCCCUGACAGUUGUGUGUUCAGCAACCACUGCCUUGGUACUCUCUUCUCUACUCAGCCUCAUUUUUGCUAAAUGCCUCUCCUAUGCAUGUGCAGAAUUGAGGGGAGUUAUCAUUUGCCAGAUGAUAAAAGGCAUAUUUGAACUUUUAGAAGGUGGCAGGAUCCUGAAAGUCAGAAUUUGGCUAGAGGGUUGUGGGUAAUGAAGACAAAAACGUCACAUCAGAAAACUGGUACUAAAUUUCUUCUAAAAAGAAAAGGAAAUCUAAUUCCCACUCUACCACCUCAGUGUUGCCAUCAGUGCUUCAGACACCGCAGAG